CAGAUAUAGUGAAUGCAGGGUCCGGGGAGACCAGAUAUAGUGAAUGCAGGAUCCUGGGAGAUCAGAUACAGUGAAUGCAGGGUCUGGGGAGACCAGAUAUAGUGAAUGCAGGGUCCUGGGAGACCAGAUACAGUGGAUGCAGGGUCCUGGGAGACCAGAUAUAGUGAAUGCAGGGUCCGGGGAGACCAGAUAUAGUGAAUGCAGGGUCCUGUGAGACCAGAUAUAGUGUAUGCAGGGUCCAGGGAGACCAGAUAUAGUGGAUGCAGGGUCCAGGGAGACCAGAUAUAGUGAAUGCAGGGUCC